AUGAACAUGACGAUGACAUUGACACCGCAGGAAGAGGCCGAAUUGCAAUGGCUGCUGCAAGGAAUGCAUUCCGUGCACAGCCAACAGAAUCCCAUCCGAGCUGACAUUGUGCACGAUUUGGAGCACAAUUCCGCGACAGCCGACCACUCGGCAGCCGCGCCGUGGCCCUCCUCGCCCUCGACCUCGCCUCCGAAUAUCAGCUACAACGAGGCAGUGACGAAAGUGCUUCGACGAAAGCAGCAGAAUCGUGAAGCCCAACGAAAGUGCCGAGACCGUCAGAAAGACAUGAUCGCUGGGUUGAACGAGCGGUUGCGAUUGAGCAAUGGCGCGAACAGCGAGCUACAAGCCAAAGUCCGAGAAUUGAGCGCAGAAUGUGGUCGACUUCGUGCUGAGAAUGCUGUACACAUUGAACUGCUACAAAGCUUUUGGUCAUCUGGAGCAUGCAUCUGCGAGAAUGGUGCCGGUGCCUUUGACGCAGUAUACCCUCCUAUAACCAAUACGGCAAAUUGGAGUGCUCAGGCCGCAUCAACAAGAGCAACGCGGCUUUGA